UUACACAUUAGUGCUUUGAUAUAAACAUUCAUUUUGAUAGUUAAAAAGUAUUAACAGCGAGUUUAUGCUAUUUUUAAGGGGAAACGGUGGCUGAACUUUAUAUCCCAGCAUUCUUUGCCUAUUUGCCGUAUUCGAUCCGUAGUGUCGCAAAUCAUAACAAACCACAGAGGCCGCUUCUCUAAAUAUAGAGCAAGUUUUACUUUGUCAGCAUGCUGUUCGCGUCCUUUAUAAAUAAUAUUUGUUGAAUUUCAGGUAAGAUUAUUCAAUUAUGGAAAUUACCGCUGCUAGAUCAACGUUUUAUGGUGACAUCGGUCACUGGGCUGACCGUACGCCGGUGCAUGAGGCUGCGUCUCAGGGUCGAGCUCUGCAGUUAAAGCAGCUGAUAGAAGCAGGAGCAUCAGUUAAUAUCGUAACUGUGGAUAACUUCACACCUUUGCACGAUGCCUGCAUCCAAGCCCAUCCAAACUGUGUUCAAAUACUGCUUGAGGCAGGAGCUCAGGUGGAUGUGCGCACCAUCCAUGGAAGUACUCCUCUCUGUCACGCCUGCGCUGCUGGCAGCAUAGAAAGUGUCAAGCUACUGGUAGAUCAAGGAGCGUCGGUCAACCCUUCCCUGACCGCCCUUACGGCUUCCCCCCUCCAUGAGGCCUGUAUUCGAGGUAACCCAGACUGUGUGAAGCUUAUGAUAGCUAAGGGAGCGCUGCUGGAGGCCUUUGACAUUUAUUUUGGGACGCCAUUACAUGCUGCCUGUGCUAAAGCUCACUUUGACUGUGCCCUACUGCUGCUCAAUGCAGGUGCAAAGGUGAAUGCCACCAGGUUCCAUGAGACGGCACUACAUCAUGCGGCGAGAGCCGAGAGAGAGGACCUGGUGGAGUUGCUGGUGGAGUUCGGUGGAGAUGUCAACAUAAGCGAUAACAUGGGUCACAAACCUAGAGACUACACAAAAAAUGAAUCUCCUGCUAAUCUCAGUCUGCUGCACUAUGAGAGUAACCCUCUCUCUCUGCAGCAGCUGUCCCGUAUCGUCUUGAGGACUGUGUUGGGCACCAGAGCUCUAGAGCUGGUUACCAAACUGGACAUUUCACAGCGCAUCAUUGAUUACCUCACUUAUAAAUCAUAGAUAUGUUCCCCAGAAGACAUUUAAAAAAAAAAAAUACUGUUUACUUGCUGGACUGUUGUUUGUAAAGUCUUAAAUUCGUGAGCUGAGUGACGCAUUUAACUUUGUGUGUGUCUAAUUGUGUUAAUAAUGAUGAAUGUGCUACAUUGCCUUGAAAUAAUUUUCAAUGUAAAUGUACUAUUAUUUUUUGUCAUAUUGCCUUUGGCUGUCAACCAGGCCCCCUGAAACUGGAUCCCAUGAAAACGUUUAGCUAUUAAUUUCUUCAAAUUUCUGUCUAUUAACCAUUGUUAAUGUUCUUGAUUAUUGUAAAGUGUUAUCUGGUUUGCCGUGCCCCAUGGUCUGUAAAGGUUAAAAACUCGGAUGAACUGACA